AUGACUGUUUUCUCGCCUCUGGAAAACACUAUAUUUGUCUUAGACAAACAAAAACGACGCGCGACUCCAACACAAACAUUCCCGGGAACUCCCGCCCACUUCCCGCUCACCCCCGCCCACUUCCCGCCCACUUCCCGCUCACCCCCGCCCACUUCCCGCUCACCCCCGCCCCACUUCCCGCUCACCCCCGCCCCACUUCCCGCUCACCCCCGCCCCACUUCCCGCUCACCCCCGCCCCACUUCCCGCUCACCCCCGCCCCACUUCCCGCUCACCCCCGCCCCACUUCCCGCUCACCCCCGCCCACUUCCCGCUCACCCCCGCCCACUUCCCGCUCACCCCCGCCCACUUCCCACUCAACCCCGCCCCACUUCCCACUCAACCCCGCCCCACUUCCCACUCAACCCCGCCCCACUUCCCACUCAACCCCGCCCCACUUCCCACUCAACCCCGCCCCACUUCCCACUCAACCCCGCCCCACUUCCCACUCAACCCCGCCCCACUUCCCACUCACCCCCGCCCACUUCCCACUCAACCCCGCCCCACUUCCCACUCACCCCCGCCCACUUCCCACUCAACCCCGCCCCACUUCCCACUCAACCCCGCCCCACUUCCCACUCAACCCCGCCCCACUUCCCACUCACCCCCGCCCCACUUCCCGCUCACCCCCGCCCCACUUCCCGCUCACCCCCGCCCACUUCCCACUCAACUCCGCCCCACUUCCCACUCAACUCCGCCCCACUUCCCACUCAACCCCGCCCCACUUCCCACUCAACCCCGCCCCACUUCCCACUCAACCCCGCCCCACUUCCCACUCACCCCCGCCCACUUCCCACUCACCCCCGCCCACUUCCCACUCACCCCCGCCCACUUCCCACUCACCCCCGCCCACUCACUCGACUAGCAGGAUAGGGUGA